AUGGUCAAAUUCUAUCCCUCCCUCACGCAGGAACAUAUCGACUUCAUCACGAAACAGCCUCUCUUCUUUGUCGCCAGCGCGCCAUGGGCUGGUGAGCACGUCAACAUAUCACCCAAAGGACAUCCCUCAAAAUCGUUUGCCGUUCUAGGACCCAACACAGUAGCCUACCUCGACGCUACAGGCAGUGGCUGCGAGACCAUUUCACAUAUAUACGAAAAUGGCCGUGUGACGCUCAUGUUUUCCUCGUUUGGCCCUUCACCACAGGUCAUGCGGCUGUUCUGUAAGGGCAAAGUGGUGGAGAAGUGGGAUCAGUACUUUAGCCAAAUCCGAGCAAAGAUGUCGACGGAAAAUGGAGAUGAUGUCGACAUCGCCGGUGUAAGAGCGGUGAUUGUGCUCAAGAUUCAAAAAGUGCAGACGAGCUGUGGUUUCGGAGUGCCGCAAAUCGCCAGUGCAAAGACUGAUGGCACAGAUGCUGUCGGCGACGCUGUUGCUUUUGCCGAUCAUGAGCCUGGCACGCAUGAUGAUCAUGGCUUCAAGCCUCGGGAUACAAUGGAAGGCUGGGCUCGCAAGAUGAUAGAGAAGCAAGAACUGGGUGACUAUCAAAAGCAGUUCAACCAUCGAUCUCUGGACGGCCUUCCUGGGCUGAUGAGCGUGCGGCGGGCAUACGAUGAAAACAUUGCUGUCGAAGACACAAAGGCGUGGCUCAGGAAAGUCAGCAGGCAGGGGGAUGCUGUGGCUUUGGGUGUUGGCCUGGGUGUCUUGCUUAUGAUUUUGCUAAGUCUGAUUGGCAUCUUGAGCAUCAAGCCCAUAUUUCUCCAGCGGAUACUGAAUUUCCAGCAAAGGAAGAUGGGUGUACCAGAGGAUCACUCUUGGAAGAGCGAGCUUUGA